GGGAAAUGUUAUGACCAGCUGCUCCUCUCCCAGCAGCAUCAAGCAGAAACAGCCCCAACAAGCAGAGAAGUACAGACGCACCUCACUAUCCAGGCUGCUGUUAAAUAAAGACCACAGCGCCUUUGGCAGCUGGAUGCUCACCUUCCAGGAGGAAGUGACUCCAACAGGCAAAAAAAUAAGGAAGGCUUGAUUCAGGUUCCCCUUUGCCCCGCUGUGUAGCCCAGCUCCACGGCAUCAUCAUCUGCAAUGACUUCCUCACAGCAGCUUGUCCUACCAGCUACUGCAGGUUAAAGCUCCUGGUGUGGUUUAGGGGUGAGACCCGGAUGCAAGGGAUGGCACAAAGAUGUGGCAAAGGAAGGAGACAGGAAGGGAUCUCAUCAGGCUAUGACUAACCACUGGUCCUGCGGAACAAAGCAGGAGAAAGGAUGACAGCCUGCUGAGUCCUCCUGAGAGCCGUUCCCAUUGCAUCGAGGAACUAGAAGAAACUUACAUUUCCCACUGAAGUUCUCACAGACAACUUGGUUUGUUCUUCAUUGCACCAGUGGGCGGAACAGGAUCGGCUAUAGGGUUCCCUAUAGACUCUCUUCCAUUACUUCCUACAGCAACUGCAUCCCCAGAAAUCUUCUUUCCACACCUUCAGGCCAGCUGCCAGUGCCUCGUGGGAAAGUCUGCUCUCCCCUCUGCUUGUAGAUGGCAUUUUCCCUGCAGGUUUGAGCAGUACAGCCCCUGCAAAUGGAAUGUACCCUUUCAAGAGGACUGGGUCAUAAUAAACUUACUGGUGCAAGAGCUGUACAACUUCUGCAAGCCUAAAAUGUUGAAAGCAGGCUGGAAAACAAGGACGAUUCCCUUCAACUAUUCAGUUUGAGUAGUGCUUUUACUGUCUCCAAGUCCACCAUUCAAAGACUUGCUGAAACUUCUGUGUUACAUGAAGACAAGUAACACAUGUCAGUUAUGCUAUCAGUGUCUCAGACAUCUUCCUCUAGGGAAACAGUAAUGAGGGAGAGCAACAAACAAGAGGGAUAGAAACAAACAAUGUGGGCAGGUUUUCGAAGAUCUCCAAACAAUUAUUUUGGCAUCCAAUUCACCUUGUCAGCUUCACUAAGUAUUCAAGGGGAAGGGGGCCUUCUUCCUCAGUGGAGAUGCUUACUCAACCUGCUACCUCCAGCCAGUCUGUGGAUGGACACAGACAAAGAAAAUUGGUGUGCCAAAGGACAGGUGAACCUGUUUACCAUGAGUACUCUUCUGUGGGAAGGAGAUGGUGCUAUAUCCCUAGUGAGGUCUUCCCCUGCAGUGCCAUCACAUCAAAUAGUGUACUUUUUGGAGCACAGAUGUUAUUACAACAACUCUGCCUGCCUCCCUGCUCCUGUCAGCACGUCUGAUGGUGAAACCCAAGAGUCCGCAGCUGUAACUCAGCCUGCAGAGCCUGGCUGCUGCCCCAGCCCUGUGGCCACCCCUAACUCUCUCCCUAGGAUCACCAAUGCCUGCCAGCCUUGGUGCCUGUAACUAGCUUGUGCUGGGAGGCACUGGUUGCAGAGAGGUUUUGGUAAAGGAGGCAGAGAGAAGGGGUGAGGGAGCCCAGAGGAAGGAGAGUUCCUGCUGCCAGAGGAGGAGGCACUGAGGAUGGCCAGCAACUCCAGUGCACUGCCCCGGGUGACUUUCCAGACACCAGAGAAACCUGGGGAGGAAUCAUCACACAGGAAACUGGGCAAGCUGACCAUAAAGUACAACCGCAAAGACCUACAGCGCUGGCUAGACCUGGAGGAAUGGAUCAAUGCCCAGCUGCAGGAGCUCUACCAGUGCCGGCUAAGGGAGGAAACAGAGGCAGCAGCUCCUGAACCACAAAUUGAUCUUGAAGAUCUCCUGGAGGUCCCUAAUGAAGAACAGAAAAUAAAACUACAGGAAAUCCUCCAUGAGUGCUCCAGCCCCACAGAGGACUUCAUCACAGAAUUGCUCAGUCGAUUGAGAGGUCUCCGAAGAGUCACCAAUCCUCAGAAGAAAUGACCUUGCUCACAUGGAAACUCCAGCUUUGGUUACAAGGAAACAUGUAUCUUCCUGACAAAAGCCAGGAUCAGCAACAGAACUUCUGAGUAUGUUUAGGACUAAUUAUUAUUAUUAUUGAGAAACUUCAGCAAGUUUAUUGAGAAACUUCAGCAAGUUUGUGAACUUUGCACCAGUGGUUUGAAGUCUCCACUCCUCCCAGAUCUACACACAGCAGGGAGCUAGAUUGUACAUUUUCCUGAUUCUUAAAGAGUGUGUUAACCUGAGGAACAGGACAAGAUAUCCCUCCUUUAGAUUCUUCUAGGAAUUUCCAUGCUGGCCAAGGAGCACUGAAUACAAUUCUCAGGAGUUCAUCAAGACUUCUUUUUUUUGUCCACUGCAAGGCAAACAAGGCAUUGGUUAUCACUCAUUCAUCAACACGGAAAAUCAGCCGCUGUUAAGCUGCACCUCAUUUUAGUCUGGCUUAAACCCAACUGUGAUCUCCUGCCUGUUACUGCUGUGCCUGACUCUACAGCAUUGCACAUACUUUGUAAGUCUUACUAAGCCUGUUAUUUAUGAAGAUUGGACAGAAAAUAUAUAUGAUAGUUUGACUGCACCUGGUCUACUUAAGGGGAAGUUUGUGAAGCAACUGCUACAGCUAAUGGCUAUUUUUUUCCCAUUUUGUGGAAUUUAAGACUUAUAACUUAGAAGCCUUUUCUAAAAGAACAAGGUCUGGGAAUGAUUUUUCUCCUAGUUCAAAAAGAUGUUGGAAAAAUACUUAUUUUAUAUUAAAACA